AUGGUAUGUGGAGGCGGCUGCGAGGAAGCUGUUGGGAGGCCGAUUUCCGGUGGGAAUUUUGGUGAGGAUUUCAGCGGUGGGGGUGGUGGAUUCGAUGGGGAUUUCGGUGAAGUUGGAGAGGAUGGUGAUUUCGGUGGUGGGGGUGGGAGGGGUGGUGAUUUCGGUGGUGGGGGAUUUAUUGACGGGUGGCCGACGGGGCAAGGGGCGGGGAGGGGGCUAGCUGUGGUGGGGAACGAGAUUCAUGGAGAGGGAAAGAGGAAAGGGGAGGAAAAAGGAAAGGGAAGGGAAGGGGAUGGCAAAAAGAGGAAAGGGGAUGGGAGGGAUUGA